CUAGCACUCUAGAUUGUAUAUUAGGUGUCGACAUAGGCGAACUUCAUGGAACGGCCAUAUUAGAAAAGAGGGAAUCGCAAAGUAAACAACAGCCCUACGGAGAGUGACGCCUAGGCGGCAGAGAGGGAGAGAGGGAAAAUAGCGGGGCGGGCUAACGCAUCGGCUUGCAUCGGUAAAUGUUCGUCGCAAACUCGAGGGUGCGGCACAAGCCACCCCGCCGUUGAACAACGGCAAAUGUCGAACAUCCGACACAUAAGCAAAAGAGAAGGGGGACUGACGCGGGAGACUUCGACAGCUAGACUGCUCUCGCACCGCUUUAGGUAUUAACGGCCUCGUUAAAGAUGGCAGAGUCUUGGGUGCCUGUAGCUCCGUCCAGCGACUUUUCGCUGGCGAACAUUCCCUUCGGUAUUAUCAGCACGUCUGCCGACCCUACCCCUCAUGCUGCCGUCGCCAUUGGCGCUGAAGCAUUGGACCUCAAGAUGCUCAUAUCUCAGCACGGCUUGGAAAAAACAUUUCCUGGGAUUGACGGCCUGGAAGGUGUCUUCUCGCAGCCGACUCUCAAUGCCUUCGCGCGAUUGGGGAGCGGGGUCCAUCGGAGUGUCCGGAGGAGACUCCAAGAAAUCUUGGGGACGGCACCUUCGAGCAGCAGCCUUCUCAGGGACGACGAAGAGCUGCGGGCGAGAGCUCUGAUCGCCCAGAAGAAGGUCAAGAUGCACCUGCCCAUGGACAUUGGGGACUACACCGACUUCUACGCCGGCUACCACCACGCCCAUGCCGUUGGCGUCAUGUUCCGAGGGCUACAGAACGCUCUGCAGCCCAACUACAGCCACCUCCCUGUCGGGUAUCACGGCCGGGCCUCGAGCAUCGUCGUGUCCGGCACGCCGAUCCACCGUCCAGUUGGACAGAUCCUGCUUGAUCCAGCCGCGGAGCCAAAGCAGCCCACGGCGGGCCCGUCGCGCCGACUGGACAUUGAGCUCGAGCUCGGUUGCUUCAUCUCCAGGCCCAACAAAAUGGGCGAGUCGGUCGAUGUCAACGACGCGAAUCCGGGGCACAUAUUUGGCUACGUGCUCCUCAACGACUGGAGCGCCCGCGACAUCCAGACGUGGGAGUACGUGCCACUGGGGCCCUUCAACGGCAAAAACUUUGCCACCACCAUCAGCCCGUGGGUCGUGCUCGCCGACGCCCUUAAGCCCUUCCGAGCAAAAGCCGUCGACAACCCGACGCCGCUGCAGGAUUAUCUGAAGGAACAGCAGACGGACAACGUGUUCGACAUCGACCUCGAGGUCGAGCUCACGACGGCCGACGGCGGCGAAACCGUGAUUUCCCGGACGAGCUCCAAGCACCUGAUGUGGUCGUUCCCGCAGAUGAUUGCGCACCACACGCUGGGCGGCUGCCCGCUGCGCACCGGCGACCUGCUGGGCUCGGGCACCAUCAGCGGGCCGGGCGGCGAGGGCGAGAGCGGCAGCCUGCUCGAGAUGACCCACGGCGGCAAGCGGGAGGUGCUGCUGUCCGGAAUGGACGCGCGCACCUUCCUCAAGGAUGGCGACACCAUCACCCUCCGCGGAUCGGCCGGACCGCGCGGCGCCAGGGUCGGGUUUGGCGAGUGUGUCGGUCGGGUUUACACGUCGCUUCGGAGAUGAUACUGCGUAAAUGGCGAUGGACCAUAACUGUUGCCUGCUAGAGGCGCGAGUCGCGAGUCGAAGCUUAAGUAAAAAGGAUGCGGCGUGUGGUUAAAGUUCACACAGCGCAGCGAAUUAAAAAAAAGGAUCGGAUUAAAUUGCCAACUGCCCUGUGCGUAUCCGUAUCUCAUUCUGCAUGGGGCCAUGAUUUCCACUCUCGUUUUACGGUUUUACGGAGGAACGACCAGGGGAAACGAGGAAGGAACCGAGCCGAACUGCUGACGCGAGAACCCGAACCCCAACCUGGCAGUUGCGACUUGCAACUUGCAGUUGGUCGCUCCGAAGUGUGGGUGGGACUUUCCCCAGAUUCUGCACUCAUUGGGCAGAUUU